AUGGCCAAAUCUCCCAUCGACGAUGAAAGCUCGGAUCAUCAUGUCGACGGCGACGAGAGACCGAGCGAUCAGGAGUUGAGCGAAAAUGAAUCCGAUGAUGACAAUUCUGAUGAAAAUUCCGAUGACAACUCCGAUGAUGGCAGCUCCGAUGACUCGGAUGGCGGCGGCCUACUCGACACAAUGGCCGCCGAGGGCAGCGAGGACGAGUCCAGCGAGGAGUCCUCUGACGAAGAUGAGCUAGAUCGAGGUGUCCCAAGCUCGACAAAGGCAUAUUUCCCGCAAUUUUGUCGCCUACCAAUCGAACUGCGCCAACGCAUCUGGGAACUUUUCUGCCCAGAGCUACGCGCGCGACACCGUGUUCUCGACUUCAACAUCUCGUAUGGAACUGCCAGACAUCCAGAUGCAGCCAGCGCGUUUGUCUGGACUGUGCGCGAUGGCCUCGCACUCGACGACCAAACCAGAACCCUCCGAACUGUCCUUGCGGUCCACCACGAAUCACGCGCCAUGGCCACCAACGCCUUUCCCCAUUCUCUCAGCAUGGAUGCCGGAGCAGGAGAUGCAGUUGUUCGUUUCAACCGGGAUUCCGAUGUCGUCCUAAUAAACGGACUUAGCAACCCAGAAGGCAAUCACGUCUUCCACCUCCCAGAGUUUGGCAGUGAAAUCAAAAAUCUCGCCCUCAGUGGUUGGCAUUCCCUUGAUCACAUAGAUGGAACAGCCGUCUCCAACUUUUUGGUCAAAUUCGACCAGCUAGAGUCAUUCUUUGUGUGCCUAUCAUUUGCAGAUUGUCGGAAAUCCAAGAUGGCUUGGUGCACUUCUGACCUCAUCAACCGCUACCACACUCAGACCUUUGAGCGAGGGCCUGGCUUUGGAGAGAACCUACAGUGGCUGUACUGCUGGCCUGAUCUGCGCAACCAUGCCGAUUUCGCCAAGUUCCAGAUGCAACGAGAUGAAGAUUUGGAUAACCUGCCCGAACCAUUCGAUGGUCUCUUGCUUCGAAAAGGCGUCAAGGCAUGGCCCAUGGUUGUCUUUGAAUUUGAACGUGGCCUACGACGAUUUGAGAUGCUACAAACCCUUGGUCUCAACCCCGACGACAGUGACAGUGAGGACUCAGACGAACAGUCAGAAGACGAAGACGGUGGUGAUGAAUCCGGGACCGACUUGGAUGAGUAUGAAAGCGACGGCAUCGACGACAACGAGAUUGUGGAAACCUACGAAGAUUCAGACGAAGAAGGGAUUUCCUUGGACGAAGGAUCUCCUGAACCUUCUCGCGUCGACCUGGAAGCAGCAUCGGAUGACGGCUCAGGAGCACACUUCUCCAGCCCCGAACCUGAUCCUGAGGAACCCGAAACCGAGCCAGUACCCAGAGGACGCAAGCGACGGGUGGUGUCGGAUUCUGAUGACGAGUCAGAUGAGGAUGUGCAGCCAGCCAAACGAGCAAGAACUGAUCGCAUCGAUGAAUCCGAGGAUGAUGAGGAUGAAGAACCUGUGCAGUCCCAAGGGAGAAGUCAGCGUUCAGCUCGAGCUGUGGUGUCUGACGAUGAUGAUGACGAGGAUGACGAGGAUGGAGGCGCCCCCAAGCAAGAACCAGAUGAAAAUCCCGACGGCAGCGACGCAUCGAGCGACGACGAGGAUGAAGAGAAUGAGGAAAGCGAAGACGAGGACGAAGAAGACGCGCCACCGGCACGAAUGUCUCUGGCCGAGCGACUACGUCUACACCGACAGGAGAACCCUAUCGACGAAGAGAAUUCAGAGGAUGAAGACGACAAAAGCAGCAGGACUGCUGGUUUGGAUAGCGAGGACGAAGAGGAUGACGAUGAAGAUGAAAGGGAGAGGAACCCCUUCAUGUUCGGCAUGGCAGACGAGUCGGAUGGGGAGGGUGAAGGGGGCUACGACGAGGACGACUAUUGA